AUGCAUGGCAUUGUUGCCCAGAUUGCAAUGGUUGCCCAGGUGUACGGCAAUGAUUGCCCAGAUAAAUGGCUAUGGUUGCCAAGAUCAAAUCCCAUCACUCCUACCAUCACCCAAUCCCUUACCCUAACCCAUCACUUCAACCAUCACCCAAGCCCUCAUCCCAAUCCUCCCAUCACCCAAUCCCUUACCCUAACCCAUCACUUCAACCAUCACCUCAGCCCCAACCCUAACUCAUCAUCUGUUCCAUCACCCAGCCCCUCAUCCAAGCCAGUCCAGCUCAUCCUCACAAGUCCUAACCCACCACCCAAACUCUCAUCCCAACCAGCCCAUCACUCCUCUCCUCACCCCAAUCAGCCUAGCCCACUGACUGACUGCCCGGCAUCCUCCCAGCCCAUCACCCCAAGCCCCAACUCUAAGUCUCAAACAGCCAAGCCCACUCAGCAACCUCCUUGGCCCCUUAGCACUUAG